AUGGUGAGUGCAAGAACGAUUGUGGCUACCGGUGUGCUGAACAUCCUGGGCACAUCCUUUUUCGUGGCCCAGCCAAAGGAUCAAUGCUCAAAGUACAUCUUCCUACUGGCCAUACAGCUGCUGUUUUGGGAUUCGGACAUGAUUCCAAAGAAAUUGAAACCAAGGAUUUCACCAAAGAUUUUUGCCUGCUGUGAUCGUUUAUUCACGAUCUUCUUCACCGAAGUAAUCCUGCUGGUGGGAUGGUGUGGCUUCGAGAGGAUGACCUACCGCACUGUCUACUUUGUGUGCCGCGGAAGACCUGGGUGCAAUUACGCAUUGAUGACUUCCUGCAGCAUCCUAGGAUCACUGUUCAUUGUGCUUGAGGUGGUCACUCCCCAAAAGAUGAAGGACGUUGCGAGUUGCUCUUUCCUAGUGUUCGCAUACAUUCGUGAUGUGCACACCUUUGUGUGGGGCGCCAUAUAAAUUUGCCAACUGACUCGGCAGGAGCGUAUGCUAUCGGUACACGCCUUCGAGGCUCAAUUGCGCUACAGGAAUGGAGGGGACGUAGAACCAGGUGAACCUGCUGUCCAGGAAUCCGAGAAUCAAAUGGACGCCGGAAAAUCGGCACCAGAACCGGAAAUCGUCCACGAGUUGUCCCCGUAA